UAAACUUCACGCUUGAGGGGGAAAUGUAUUGUAAAAUUUCAGCAGAACUCAGGCACAGAGUGACAGAGAAUGACAGAUAUUGACAUAUAUAUACAAGUGUUUACAGACAUUGGGUGUUUGUUUUGAUGACUGACAACAUUGCACAGAUUUACAGACGCCAUUUAACUGUCAUCAAUGAGAAACCUAAAUAGUUAACUUUACAGGGCAAAUACAUAUCGGUACAAUAUCUACCUGUCCUAACAUUUCCAGCAAUCCUUUUAUGGGUGAUUGCGCCUUUGAGAACGUGAUUUAUAUCUGGAUGAUGCUGUCGUUGUUAUGUAGAUAAAACAUUCAAUUCAACUCCUCGGAUUUAUUCUGAAUAGUACACUUUCCACUCCAUUGCUUAACAUUAUUUGUAGAUUUUUUUUUUGACAAGUUGCCUAGUUCGUCAGAUCACGUGACUGUCACAAUGUUACAAUUAAGAGGUAAUGCCUCUACAGAGAAGGCCGACAAUUUGGCCAUGCCGAUCAAGGGAAGAGAGGAAGGUAAAAACCAGAGCAUACUGGCGGCUCUAUUGCCAGGGGCGAAAAUUCAGUCAGGAGGGAAAGUGGUGGUAAAUGUGGGCACGACUCGAGAGACUGUCAUCUUCAAUGUCGGUGGCACGCGGUUCGAAACUUUUAAAUCAACGCUCCAUAGCCAACCCGAAUUCGCUUUGGCGGAUGAAAAUUUUCUGCAGAGGCACUUCCGGAAGGACGCCGGGGAUUACUUCUUCGAUCGUGAUCCUGAUAUGUUCAAAUGUAUACUUAAUUACCUUCGAACAGGAGAGUUACAUCUCCCUUCCAAUAUAUGCGGACCUGCGGCCAAAUCAGAGCUGGCAUUUUGGCAGAUCCCAGACGACUUAAUUGAACGAUGUUGCUGGACAGACUACAACUCAUGGAAUGCCACAGUUACUGCCCUUAACCAGCUCGAGCAUGACCGUAAGGGGUCGCUACUAGAUUCCUGCGAGUCGGAGGAACAAGGCAAGGGCGCCUGGAAGAAAUGGCGACCAAAGCUAUGGAUGAUAUUAAACGACCCUGCGUCAUCACGAAUAGCGAAGGUAUACGGUUGGAUCUCCUUAGUAGUAGUGGCGAUGUCUAUAUUCAGCUUCAUGGCGGAAACGCACCCCACAUUCAGCUACACACGUCACAUCGACACGCCCACAAUGCGGUCUAACGUCACGACAUACUCACAAUUCGGUGACGUCAAUGCAACUGAGGUUCCAGUCACUAUGAGCACAAGUACUGAUGACGCGGGGAACCUUACAGUGACAACUAUAACACAACAAACAAUUAACACGACACACCCUGUGUUGUCAAUGAUAGACCUCGUGUGUCUGGCGUUCUUUACUGUAGAAUUUGUCUGUAGAGUCACUCUAGCCAAACGGAAGUUACAGUACCUGAUAUCACUAAUGGGGGUCAUUGACCUUUUAGCACUCAUACCUGACUACAUCGAAAUUAUUGUCUACAGCAUCAGUCCCGAACUCCAGUAUGAUGGAUCCGUGAAUUUCAUUUCUGUUCUCAGGAUCACGAGGGUACUGAGGAUAUUUCGACUGAUCCGACACGUGCCGGGACUGUGGAUUCUGAUAUAUACUUUACGUGCCUCCUUUAAGGAGUUACUGUUGAUGUCAGCGUUUCUGUUGGUGGGGAUGUUAGUCUUUUCCUCGCUAAUAUACUACGUGGAUGACCGGACGACCUUCACCUCUAUACCACACGCUUUCUGGUGGGCGAUCGUUACCAUGACAACGGUAGGGUACGGGGAUAUGUUCCCGACCACCAACCUGGGUUAUCUUGUAGGGUCAUUCUGUGCAUUGUCUGGUUUGCUUAUGAUAGGGUUUUCUGUACCUGUCCUCGUUAAUAAUUUUAUCAUGUAUUAUAAACAUGUCCAAUUCGCUCUAGAGGAGGAACACAAUAAAAAGAUUCAAGCCAAGGCAAAAGCGGAAAAAGAGAAGGGAGGGGGGCUAUUAGAUAUGAUGACUAGAGGAUCUGUUAGAACGAAUGGCAAUUCUCACGAAGCUGUUCCAUUAAAUAGGUUGUCACCAAACGGUAACCACCACGAGGAUGCUGAUGUAUAACAGAGACUGCUUUCUGCGAUCUGUUUUUGAGUAGAAUCACAAAUCAGUAAAUCAUGGCGAUAUUAACAAACAUUUAUUACAGUACUGAUAAAAUUUAUUCUAUAUAGAUAUAUAUAUGUAAGUGUGACUGAAAUAUUUCACUACUGAAAGUGAUUGAAAAGCAGAAGUGACGUUUCAGCCUUCUAAUCUGUAAAAAAAAAACCCGUUACAAAUAUACUAGAUACAGCUAGUACCACACGAGAUAUAUCAUAUCGUUAUCAUGAGAUACAUGUACAUAGAAUUUAGUAAUAUAGCUUAGUUACGUCGUCAUUACCACUUAGUUACGACGUAAUUACCACUUAGUUUCGUCGUAAUUACGACGUAGUUACGUCGUCAUUACCACUUAGUUACGACGUAAUUACCACUUAGUUACGUCGUCAUUACCACUUAGUUACGUCGUCAUUACCACUUAGUUACGUCGUAAUUACCAUUUAGUUUCGUCGUAAUUACGACGUAGUUACGUCGUCAUUACCACUUAGUUACGUCGUAAUUACCACUUACUUACGUCGUAAUUACCACUUAGUUACGUCAUAAUUACGACAUCGUUUCCCGUCAUUACGACAUAAUUAAUCGUAGUUAACAGAUGUCAUAAUUACGACAUACAUUUUUUUACUAAUUGAUGCAGGUGAAUAUGCCGAUGAGUAAUUUUGUUGACAAAUACCAUUCUGUGUAACAACAGAAUGACUUUGGAAACUUGUGAACAAAAGACUGGACACAAGUAACAUCGAAAUCACAAAUAUUUACUAUCAGCAGAUAUUGUGCAUUUGUGUUGUCAAAAGUCGUGCUCAAAGAUAAAGGGAGACUACUCUAUAAAGUAAAAACUCUAUGGUAUGAAAAUGCUUAAUAAAACCUGUUUUGGUU